UCUUCUUCUCUCUCAAGGUUUUCCCCUUCUCUCUCAUUUGCUUUCACACACUUUGCUUCUUCAGUUUUGUGAGGGGCUCUAGAAUUUGAUUGUUGCAUUUGUGUUUGUUUGCAACUUGUGACAUGGGUUGUUACCCCUCAAGUUGAUAUCGGAACCAGUGUAGUUUUGUUUGAGGGUAGAGGGUUUUUAUUAUUAUUUAAAAGGUUGUUAUUAGUUCUCAAGUCUUGGGAUUUGUCACACUGGGUCUGAAGUUUUUUGUGAAACUUCUUGCAAGUGUAGUUUUGUCGUUUGAGAUUGUUUUCAUAUCCAUUUGAUGGUUUUCAUUGACCAGAUAAUUAAAUAAGCAUUUGCUGACGUUUGAGAAAGCUGGAGAUGGCUCAAGAAGCUCAAGACAUCGAUGAGCAGGUUGUUGUUGGAGAGCAGAAAGGUUCAGUGAGAUGGGCCACUCUAGACCGCACUCGUCAGCUAAAUGUCCUCAUGCAUGCAGAAGAUCUUGAAACCUGGGAAAAGGACGACAAUGCAAAGCUUAUAGUGAUCAACGGUUUUGGGAGACGUUCCUUCCCCGCUGAUGAACUUAAGAUGUUUUAUGACGACCAGUAUUCUGGCCUUAAGAAUGUUUACAGGAUGUAUUGGCUUUGCUAUCAUAUCCACACAUACAAGAAGACUCAGGUUUCUCUUGUUCUUGCUAUGACGUUGGGUGGAGGAGGUGCACCACUGAUGCUCCCAGCGAAGUUCUCUGUUGUGACAGAGUACACUGAUUUUGCAACUCCAGAAGCAAAUUUUGGGUUUCACAUUGAGUGUGGGUUCUCUUACAUCCAUUCACGUCUUCCUGGUCAUUUAGGAGAAUUCUUGGCUUUAACUGGGGCAAUAUUGAAUGGCAAAGAAAUUGUAGCAAUUGGCAUGGCAACACAUUUUGUUCCUCGUGCUAAAGUGUGGGAUCUUACUUACGGAUCCUUGCUGGUUUCCUUUGUGUACAGAUACGCGAAGCUAGGAAUCAAACACUGGGGUGUAAGAGCUCUGACCAUAGCCAAAGACAACUGUCCGAGGUGGAAUCCAGCGACGUUGGAUGAGGUAGAUGACGAGAAAAUCAAGUUGGUGUUUAAGCCCUUGGAGGAUGAUCUUGAGCUUCGUAUCCCUGAAACCGAAGAGAACAGGUGGGAAGGCAAAGCCGAGACUUCAGGUUUUGCAUCAGUACGAGGAUAAAAAAAAAGUAGAGAAGAGAACAGAGGAUCCUGUGUGUUGUGUUUGUUCAACUGCCAAGACUUUAUGCUAUAUUUAUUACCUAAUGUGUUGUUGCUACAUGUUCAAACACUCUAUGCAGUGAUGGUUUAAUAAGGGUUGUUAUGUCUGAAUUGAUUACUGUGUUUCUUGCUUGUUGGUGUUUAAAAUACAUAUAAUCAUCCUAAAGAAUAAAA